AUGACGCAGCUGAUUGAUCUCGGUAAUGUUGUGGCUCAAGAUGCGAGGUCGGAAAUUCAGAUGACGGUGAAGGCAUUCGUCGAGCUUCUGUCAAACUCGAACCAAGCAGCACUGAUCCCUCCCACGAAAAUUAGCCACUGGAGAGACCUUCAAUUGCUGUGGACAAGAGAAGCUCCGGAACUCGAGCUCCGGCUGUUUGUUGAGUUUGGUCUUGAAUUCGAAGAAAACCAAAAUCACACACUCAGAGCUGUGACCGAAAGUGUCAGUAGCUCAAAGGUCUUCCCCAGUUUGGGGUUCACCACCGUCAUCAAGAAUUGCCAAAGACUUCAUAUGAUGCCGCGAACAUACCAAAUAAUCUUCGGCCUUUGCAGAGAAAACCGACAAUUUACGAGCCCCACCAACCGAAGCCUUCCAAUGGCCUUGAAACACGCCUCAGAAGCCCGUGUCCCUGACAAGAUUUCUUGUGUGUGCAUAAAAUCCAUCGACUUGCGCAUCUAUUAUUCCAAGAGUGAUGCUGUUCGACCUCCAAAGCAUGACAUCCAAAAAGUGGACGAUUUUUGUCUUGGGAAGAUAGGACCCAAAUGGUGUUCCUAUCAAGGAGAGGUCGAGCCGUCGAACAACGAAGAAGAAUAUGACACACGCGAGACCAGCGACAUGGCGGAUGUAUCCGUGUCCUCGAAUUGUGGCGCCAGUCACAAAAAGUCCAACGAACUGCCCCUCAAGAGACAGAUGAAUCUGAAUACCAACGACAGCGACUUGCCACGUCUGCUUGAGCUGCUUGAGUUUGGUCUGUGGGCCGUUUUUCUUCCAGAGGCUCGUAAAAGCCAACAUAUCCACGCAGAUAGCAAGGAGAAGAUCCAGAAUCUGUCAUUUCUUAUACCCGCCGUAUUCAACCUAAAGUAUCGUCAAGUCAUCAGCCGGUCUCUUGUGCCUAUGCUUGAGAGAAGCAAAAAUCAUUCAAUUCAGCAAAAAUUGGCAUCACUCAUCGGUCGAGAGGAGCAAACAUUGGGGCAGUCGCAGAAAGAGAGAUUGAGCUCCGCAUUGAACUCAUCGCUCUGGACAAUGGCGCAGCUUGGAAUAUCUAGAAAAAAGAACAAUUCCAAUACCACUGGAGCAACCUCUCUUUCCAAACGUGUACCAGAGAAAAGAUAUCUCCAGUCGGACGAUGACAUUAUUUUUCCCGCAUCUUCAGAGCCGUUUCUUCCAGACAGCGAGACUUUUACCAUAACAGACCCUGCUUGUCGAGUCCCCUGCCUGGAAAACUCCACCACCUUUCAUGAACUGCUAUCUGAAGGCAGUAGCAUGCUUGGUGGGGGAGACUGUUGCUCCCCUGGGCAGACAAAUAUGACAACCCAGGCCGUGCAAGAUCUCGCUGACAAUUUUUCCUUGGCAUCGGACUGCUUGCUUUGUGACUGGAGCGAUCUUCCAGAACCCUCUGUCUCGGAUAGUAUGUUGACGGAUGAGCCACUGGAUUACUAUGCUAUUCUCGAGGAGACUGAUUCCCGCUCAACAUCGGCUACUGACGACACAGCUUAUUUCGAGGACCAGCUAUGGUCCAAACAGCUUGACCAACUUCCAAGCAAUUUUCUUUCUGGCCAUGGGGAAUUCGACGAGAUGCUUUGCGAAGUUGAAGCUCAAACCGCUGGCGUUGAAUAG